AUGGAGGCCAGGCUGCCAGGUGCCAUCCUGAGCAUCGUCGUCCUGGGGCUCCAGGUGCAAGUGGGGCCGGCCAUGCAGCCAGACCUGGACAGUCAGAAGAUGGCAGGCUUCUGGCGGGAAGUCGGCGUGGCCUCUGACCACAACCUGGCACUCAACAGCCCAAAACGGCUGGAAGGCUUGUUCCUGACCUUGAAUGGUGCCAACCUGACCGUGAAGGUCGUGUACAACAACUCAGGAAGCUGUGCGACCGAGAAAGUUGUGGGCUCGGAAGUGGCCAUUUCAGGGAGAUUUGUGUUUCCUGGACGCAGGGAGCUGCAGGUGCUGGACACAGACUAUGACCACUACGCCAUCCUGAGGGUGUCCCUGUACUGGCGAGGUCGCAGCUUCGAGGUGCUCAAGUACUUCAGUCGCAGCCUGGAGGAUGACAAUGGGCCUGGUUUCUGGAAGUUUCGGGAGCUGACGGCUGACACAGGCCUGUACCUGGCAGCCCGGCAAGGGAGGUGUGCCCAGCUGCUGAAGGAGUGGCACCCAGGGGUGUGCUGUGCUGGCAAGGAACCCCAGCAGGCUGAGACUGGGGGAGUGGCCGAGGCCCAGGUGACUGUGGUGUGCUGCCAAGUUUGCCUAAUGGGGAUCAUCUGUGCCUUCUCGCUGAGUGCCCGUGCCACCAAGGGUAUAAAGCCGGGGCCUUGGGCCAGGGGGAGACUGGGCUUGGGGGCCAUGGAAGGCAGGACCUUGGUGCUGCUGCUGGGGUUCUGGAGGUUGCUGGCAGCCCGUGCACAGAAGCCGAGCAACCCCAACUUCGACCUUGUUAAGUUCUCAGGCCUCUGGUACGAGAUUGCCUUGGCCUCCAAGUUGGGCCACCACAUGGGCACAGACAACAAGCUGAAGAAGGUGGGCGCUGUGCUGGUCCAGCUGGAAGGAAAGGCCCUGACCUUGACCUCCGCUCAUGACAACCUGAAGCACUGUGUGAAGGAGACAGACCAGGCCUCGCAGGGGGACGUCCCUGGGACAUACAAGGUGUCCAGAGGUGCAGGGACCAAAGAAGUCCGUGUGCUGUUCACGGACUACAAGACCUACGCCGUCAUGAACGUGACCCUCCGCCAAGGAGACGCCGUCCAGAGCAUCAUGAAACUGUACAGCCGGAAGCUUGACCACAACGAGGAGGCCCUAAAGAAGUUCCAGGAUGUGGCAGCGCAGAGCGGGUUCACAGAAGGGGAUGUUCAAGUCCUGGACCUGGACCGUGAGUGCCCUGCCCCCUGCCUGAGGCCCCCAGGGCCCGCCCCCAUUCGCAGCCUCACCCCCUCUCUUCCCCACAGUGACGUGUGUGAACUUGCUCAGCUCGGUUCUGAGGGGCAGGGCCAGGUGAAGAGGAAGCUGCCCCACAAGUGGGCUGAGGUCACCGCCUGGCUGGCCCCGUGGACACGCUGCCCCAGCCCCCGUGACCUCACGGCCUCGUCGCCCCCCCCCCCCCGUGUUGCAUGUCCAGAGCUCAGCCCCUACGGCCCUGAACCUGUGUCCAAGGUCCUUCAGAUUUGCCUCCUGCCUGGCCUCUUCCUGCUGGCCCUGACUGAUGGCUCCCUACCCAUCUGA